UCUGCUCAUCCGUGUUACAGGGUCCGCACAUACUAGGCGUCAUUUGGACAUUCUCUGGCAAACAGACAGACCAAGGCAGAACAUGUCGACCCUGUCAGCAGCGACCCCCGACACCGCGCCUGCACUGGAAAGCGCGGAGCCGGAGGAACAACAACCGUGUCCCGCGUGUCCGGAGACCAAGAAAGCCAGGGAUGCGUGCAUCAUCGAGAAGGGCGAAGAAAGCUGCACUGACCUCAUCGAGGCGCACAAAGACUGUAUGCGGGCGCUCGGAUUCAAGAUCUGAAAACACCCGACCGACGGAACCUCUGCGUGGUAAAUCUACGAAUGUGUGUGCCGCAGCUGGCUGCUGCUCCAGCCCUCAGAGGUCAGCCUAACCCUGGGGCGAAAGGAAGGCCUGCAGCACAUACAUACACAUUGUUGCUGUAAUUGUUUUUGUUCUGUGUUUUUUUUUUUAAUACGGUUGAAUGUAUUAGUCUUAAUUCUUGUUCGCGCAAUUCCUGGGGAAGUGUUCCCAGCAGAGA